CCCCUCCCUCCUGCUCUCCCCGCCCCCUCAGAUGUCGCUAUCGUCCCCGUUCCUGCUUCAUUGCGCGCCGGGAGCCAGGAGACUGCGGGGGAGCGGAGCGCAGCAGCAGAGCAGAGCAGAGCGCCGGGCAGCAUCGAAUAAAAGCUCAGCAAGUCUGCAAUAAAAAUGGCCACCAAUAAAUCUACUUUGCACAAAAUGGGGAAAAAACAGAAUGGCAAAGGCAAAAAAGUUGAAGAAGCAGAACCUGAAGAAUAUGUUGUGGAAAAAGUCCUGGACAGGCGUGUAGUUAAUGGCAAGGUUGAGUUCUUCCUGAAAUGGAAAGGAUUUACCGAUGCUGAUAAUACGUGGGAGCCUGAAGAAAAUUUGGAUUGUCCAGAGUUAAUAGAAGCUUUUCUGAACUCUCAGAAAGCUGGUAAAGAAAAAACAGAUGGUACCAAAAGAAAAUCUCUUUCAGAUAGUGAAUCUGAUGACAGCAAGUCAAAGAAAAAGAGAGAUUCCGUAGAUAAGCCCAGAGGAUUUGCAAGAGGUCUUGAUCCUGAGCGAAUAAUUGGAGCCACGGACAGUAGUGGGGAACUUAUGUUUCUUAUGAAAUGGAAGGAUUCUGAUGAAGCAGACCUGGUGCUAGCCAAAGAAGCGAAUGUGAAAUGUCCUCAGAUUGUAAUUGCGUUUUAUGAAGAACGGCUAACUUGGCACUCAUGCCCAGAAGAUGAAGCACAAUAAUUAUUUGGCUUUCUUUUUUAUAAGUAUGAUUUUGGCUUAUCAGAAAUGUGGAAAACUACAUUCUAAGAUGUUUGAUUAUUUUUGAAGUAAUGUGUUUUUCAGAAACUGAAAAGAAAAAGAAGUUUGUCCUAUUUGCUUUGUUUAUUACAGGAGAGCAUUUGAUACUGCUUCCUGCAUAGUACAUAACAUGUUUUAUAAAACUUGAUAGUUAGUAGUGAAUCUUAAUGGCAGUUUGUUGAAACUCACAAGUGUUUUUGUAGCCUUCUAUACAUCUGAUAUGUGUGCAUGCAUCUUAUCCCCAACUUAGUCCUUUAAAUCUGCAAGCCUAUUCUUUCUAGUAUACGUGGCUACUUGGUCCAAAGGGACCAGAUGAAAAAUUUGUAGUAAGUUGAAGGUGCAGACUGUAUAUUGUUUACUUUAUUGUAAAUACUGGUGAACAGUUAUCAAUAAAAUAGUUUUAUAUUCUU